AUGCCGUCGAACACUUUGACCCGAUGCUUCUUUGAUUUGACAGCUGAUGGCGCGAAUCUCGGGAGAUUGGUUUUUGAGCUGGACACCGAAUUAUGUCCAAAAACCUGCGAGAACUUUGCGUCUCUUUGUCGUGGAACACAGGGUUUCGGCUAUGAAGGCAGUAUCUUCUACCGUGUCGUCCCCGGAUUCUGUGCCUGCAGCGGCGAUUUCGAGACACAAAACAAGGACAGGAAGGGUGGGCGCUCCAUUUAUGGAAAAUGGUUCGAUGAUGAGAAUUUCGACAACACGACAAACGCGGUGUCCUUCUCAAUGGACAAUUUCGGGUGGCCCAACACCAAUUCUUCACGUUUCUUCGUGACAUUUGACGAAUGUAGAUGGAUGGAUGGUUACCACGUGGCAUUUGGGGAGCUGGUCUCUGGGUGGGACACACUGGAUGCUGUCGAGAAUCUGGGUAAGGCUUUUCUGGGUUUCUACCGCACUUUACAGGCGUCAUUGGGGGGCUACGGCCGCCAGAAGGGGCGAACGACCAAGGAGAUUGUGAUCUCAAAGUGUGGAACUCUC